AUGGGUGUGGGAGAGGUUCUUAGAUCUUCGGUGCGGGAUGAUGCAAUCGAUAUGCAAGGCGGGCCUCCUGCAGGCUUUUCCGGUGCCGGUGGGCAAUUGUUGAUACCCUCGAUCUUGAAGAAUGGAAAUGCGGUGUCUCCCGGGCGCUUUGGUGCCCGACAGGACGCCCUUACAUCAUCCGAUCCUUCGGUUUUGUGA